CGUUGUUCUCCGUCUGUCUUUUUUUUUUUUUUAUUCUUAUUUACUGUACACGUCAGUAUGACUUUGAAGGAACUAAAGAUAAAAACGAACGUGGUAAAACGUAUUUACAAGGAACAUAUUGGAUAUGGAAAAGAAGCAGAAUGUCAACAACAACGUAUUGAUAAAUUAGUUGCGGAAGGUGCUGAUGAAGCUGAUGUUAGAAAACAGCAAGAAGUACUCAAAGAAACAAACCAGAUGAUUCCUGACGUGAAGAAACGUCUAGUUGCAGCAUAUGUUGACUUACAAGACAAAGCGAAUGAUCCUCAAUAUCAAGGAAGUGAAGAAUUACAGGAAGCUCAAACAGUACUUGGUGAUAUUGAUAUUGAUUCUUUUGAAAAUAGAUCUUAAAUAUAGUAUAUUAAGAUGAUUGUUAUAUUAUUAUUAUUAUUUUAUUUAUUUCAUAUGACUCUUUUUUUUUAUAUAUAUAUUUAUAUAUAUAUAUAUAUAUAUACAUACAAUUUUCAAACACCAAAUUGGGAUAAUUGCUUGAUGUGGUUUUUCACUCUCCGUGUGCCCAUUUCAAGGAUAAAAAUAAAUUUUUCUUUUGGACCUCAGUUUCGCC